GUGCAUCAUACUUUUUAGGGCGGUGUUCGCAUUUUGUUUUCUUUAAUUAAUUUUUUCAUCAACAGGAAUUGGUUAAUUCAAAUUGUUAUUUGAAAUGAACACAAUGGAGAAGUGCGUACUGGUUGCUGUUGUGCUGUGCUGUGUGCUGCAAACAGUUUAUUCGAUUAAAUGCUGGGAUUGUCGUUCGGACAACGAUCCCAAGUGCGGAGAUCCCUUCGACAACAGCACACUGGCAAUUACAGAUUGCCAGCAGGCUCCCGAAUUGGAGCAUCUGAAGGGCGUACGUCCGACCAUGUGCCGAAAGAUCCGACAGAAGGUGCACGGGGAAUGGCGUUACUUCCGGAGCUGCGCCUAUAUGGGCGAGCCGGGCAUCGAGGGUGACGAACGCUUCUGCCUGAUGCGCACCGGCAGCUACAACAUCUUCAUGGAGUAUUGCACCUGCAACAGCAAGGACGGCUGCAAUGGCGCCGGCCUCCAAAGGAGCAACUUCGUCAGUGUCUCCCUCGGCACCUUUGCCGUUGGCCUCGUCGCGCACUUCCUUCGACAGUAGCAAUAAUUUUGUGUAGCUAUAGCAAAAAUCGUCCAAAAUUCUAUGUGUAAUAAUCUAAAUGUGCCUUCAAACUGGACUCGAAUAGAAGAACUCUUAACAUGUUGGAACUCA